AUGUGCGUCACCAACUUUGAUCACCUCAGCACCCCCUCAAACCUCACCUUUGCCAAGCGAGCACGUGUGGACGGAGGUGCGGCGAGCGGUGCGGCGGCCGUGGGCAGCGCUCGCUUCGAUUUGGGCUUCAGCACCGCCCGAGGCCAGCGUGUGAACGUGUCUGCCCUCAGCCUGCGGCGAGCCGACGCACUACUCAAUCCUUCUACCUCCUCCUCUUCCUCCUCUUCCUCCUCAGACAACUGA